GAAUUUCGCCAACAUGGAAGACUUGCAACAGCAAAUUCUCAAUUUUGUUGAGGAAAAUGGCAAAUUAAACUCCUUAGAAUUUGCCAAUUGUCUUCAGAUCGACCAUCAGAAGGUGGUGGGAACAAUUAAAUCAAUACAGGCUUUUGACGGUGUGAUAAACUGUGAGCUGAUAUCAAGCAAGAGAUGGGAGUUGACGAAAGAAGGUGUGGAGGUGGCAGAGAACGGAAGCCAUGAAGCUUUGGUUUUCAACGCCAUACCUGGAGAUGGUAUGUCACAGGCAGACCUGAUGAAAAAAGUUCCUAAUGCCAAGAUUGGGUUUAGUAAAGCCAUGUCUGCAGGAUGGAUUGCAAUUGACAAAAAAGCUGCCGGUGGUCCAAAAGUUACGAGAAAGGUUGAAACAAUUGAAGACACAGUGAAGGAAUGUCUAACAAAAUUGAAGAAUCUACAACUUGAUGGAUUUACUGAUAAUCAAAAAGCGGAAUAUAAAAAGAGGAAGUUGAUCACUGAAGUAACUGUGAACACCUUCGAAGUCAGCAAGGGACCAAACUUCAGCACUUCUUUGUCGAAACAAGAGACAGAUCUUACACCUGAAAUGCUGGCCAGUGGAUCCUGGAAGUCCAAAUCCUUCAAACCAUACAACUUCGAUGCUCUUGGCAUUGCACCUCCCAGUGGUCAUCUUCAUCCUCUACUGAAGGUCAGGACGCAGUUUAGGCAAAUCUUCUUGGAAAUGGGCUUCACAGAGAUGCCAACCAACAACUUCAUCGAGAGUAGCUUCUGGAAUUUCGAUGCUCUGUUCCAACCUCAGCAGCAUCCUGCACGAGAUGCGCAUGACACUUUCUUCAUAUCAGAACCACGAGAUGCGCAUGAAUUUCCAAUGGAUUACUUAGAAAAAGUGAGAAAAGUUCAUGCAGAGGGUGGCUACGGAUCACAAGGUUAUAAAUAUGAUUGGAAGAUAGAAGAGGCAAAGAAAAAUCUCCUCCGAACUCACACCACAGCUGUGAGUGCAAGAAUGUUGUAUAAACUUGCACAGCAGGAAACUUUCACCCCCAAGAAAUAUUUCUCCAUCGAUCGAGUCUUCAGGAAUGAGACGCUGGAUGCCACCCACUUAGCCGAGUUCCACCAAAUCGAAGGAUUAGUCGCCGACUACAACCUGACAUUAGGCGACCUGAUGGGAAUUAUACACGAGUUCUUCAAAAAGUUAGGCAUUACUCGCCUCCGUUUCAAACCAGCAUAUAACCCAUAUACUGAACCCAGUAUGGAGAUCUUCAGUUAUCAUAACGGUUUGAAGAAAUGGGUGGAGAUAGGAAACUCGGGUGUGUUCAGGCCAGAAAUGUUGUUGCCGAUGGGCCUGCCUAAAGAUGUCUCAGUUAUAGCAUGGGGAUUAUCAUUAGAACGACCAACUAUGAUCAAGUAUGGCAUAGACAACAUCCGUGAUCUGAUUGGACCUCGCGUUAAUCUCACCAUGGUGCAGGAGAAUCCCAUCUGCCGACUCGACAAGUAAACAAAGGAACUGGUGCAUUGGACUCUUACUUGAAUAUUCAAUAAGAUGAGAUACAGUCAUCUUCAAAUAUCACAAAUCUUUGGACUUUUGUUUAACCAUUCGACUUCUGGAGUGAAAUUCAAAUUGAGGUGGAAUAACCAGAACUCCCAUUCAAGAUAUUCCAUAUUGACUGUGUGUUGGGCUGGGUAAAAAUUCAAGACAGAAAUUGAAAUGUUGUGGCUUUUUAAAACUUUAUUUGGAGUUCAGCCUCCUGCAGUUAAAAAGAGAAAGCUUGCUGAGCAGUUCAUGUAGAGCGAGUAAGUCACUCAAAUUUCUAUCAAAAAUGGGCCUUGGGCGUUUGUGCUUUACAUUGUGACAGAACACUGUCAUGGCUGCAAGGAAUAUCAUAAAUAUUUAGACCAGCGUCUUGAAGGAAAUAUGAUAACUUUAUCCCAUGAAGUUGCAUUGUCGGUGCUUUAGGAAAACUUAAACUUCCAGAAAUACAUGUAGACUCAACUUUAUCUUGUUUAUGAACACUUGGCUAACUCCUGUUAUCAAAGCAGUCAUUUACAUGUAUUAUAUCAGCAUCUUCUUGAAAUAAAUUAUGAAAAAGA